GGGGUUUUUUUGGACAUGUGCACACAAAUUUGGAGAAUACCCUUAGGCAGAACGGGAACAGUGCUGAAAGACUGGGAAGUACAAUAUUGAUCCUUUCUAAGUGAUGCAUUUGGAAUCAAAAUCGUAGGAUGGAAAUAGUUUGGGAGGUGUUUUUUAUUCUCCAAGCCAGUCUCAUCGUUUGUAUGUCAGCUCAACAGAAUUCACCAAAAAUCCAUGAGGGCUGGUGGACAUACAAGGAGGUUGUACAAGGCAGUUUUGUCCCAGUACCUUCCUUUUGGGGCUUGGUAAAUUCAGCCUGGAAUCUUUGUGCUGUUGGGAAGAGACAGUCCCCUGUCAACAUAGAAACCAGCCAUAUGAUUUUUGAUCCAUUCUUAACGCCACUGCGUAUAAACACUGGUGGGCGGAAGGUGAGUGGGACAAUGUACAACACCGGAAGGCAUGUAUCACUUAGACUGGACAAGGAGCAUUUAGUAAAUAUAUCUGGUGGGCCAUUAACAUAUAGUCAUCGCUUAGAGGAGAUCCGGUUACAUUUUGGAAGUGAAGAUGGCCAAGGGUCAGAACACCUUCUGAACGGACAAGCAUUUUCUGGAGAGGUCCAACUAAUUCACUAUAAUCACGAGCUGUAUACAAACGUAACAGAAGCCGCAAAAAGUCCAAAUGGAUUGGUCGUAAUAACCAUAUUUAUAAAAGUAACAGAUUCAUCAAAUCUUUUCCUAAACCGUAUGCUAAACAGAGAUACCAUCACAAGAAUAACAUACAAGAAUGAUGCAUAUUUACUACAAGGGCUUAACAUAGAAGAUAUUUAUCCAGAGACCUCAAGUUUCAUUACCUAUGAUGGGUCAAUGACUAUUCCACCGUGUUAUGAGACAGCGAGCUGGAUUAUUAUGAACAAACCUAUCUACAUUACUCGAAUGCAGAUGCAUUCCUUAAGACUACUAAGCCAAAAUCAACCUUCCCAGAUAUUCUCAAGCAUGAGUGACAACUUUCGACCUGUCCAGUCAUUAAACAACCGCUGCAUCCGUACUAACAUCAACUUUAGAUUACAAGGGAAAGACUGUCCGAACAACAGAGCACAAAAAUUACAAUAUAAAGUGAACGAAUGGCUCCUUAAGUAACCAAAAGAAAAGCACCAGUCAAUAGUGUAUGUGAAUUGAUGUACCAGGAAUGCAUCAAGCCUCCUUCACCUUUUGGAUAUGUAUUUCAUAUGGAACUCAUUGUGUGCACAGUGCUGCUAUGGGCAACAGAAACAAAUGCUCUUGGAGAUCACAAGAACCUCUGCCUUUAAAGGCAGUAUAUGGGGAUUUCUCAAAGCUCUGCCAUGGAAGACUUUUUAGCCUAUGUAUAUACGGCAUUCUUUAUAUAAAUUGCUUUGGACACUUUGACAAGUGGAUUCAUGAUUUCAUUCUAGGAAAUUUCGGGGAGUUUGCUUUCUCGUAUACACAUGUUAAGGGAUACAGAAGCAAAGAACUUCAAAGUAUGGAUAGGCUACUGUUGUUCAGUUUACUACAUGAAACAAGAUGUGGAACAAUAUAUGUAUUAUAUAUAUAUUAAUAUUAAAGGAUAUAAUUACAUAAUUAAUUUAUUCUCCAAUAGUUUCCUAAAUGAAUGCUGGUUUCUGGUUUUUGCUUAAAAAUCUCAUCUGCGUCAUAUUCAUUUUAAUUUUUAAUUUAGUACUUGUUUAGGCAUGGUUUUAUUUGCAAGAUUUUACCCAACCAUUUUAUUUCUUAUGUCUGAUUUUGUAACAUUUAUUAGUUUAGUGGUGCCAUAGACAUUUCUAGUUCCUUGUGCUGCAAAAUGUUUCCAUAAUCUCUCUGGCUCAACAAUCAUAUUUAAUUUUUUCAAUUUUUUUUAAAUUACCUGGUAAAACUAUAGGAGGAUUCAAGCUAUCUCAUUUAUAUCUCUAUCUUAUUGAAUGUUGACUUCAUUUUGUUUAAGCAGAACUGAAAGUAAACAUUUUCACUUUUUUUAAAUGACGAAUCAUUUAUUGUGUUUGGUUACUGUCGGCAUCUCAAUAAAUGUUAUUAAAAUCUUGUACAACGA